AUGGGUAAAUCUUUGCGUGCUAAAUCCACUAUUAAAGCCAAAGCUUUCAGACGUAAAGAAUUGGAAUACCAAAAUGCAGUUGACUCACGUGCUAAACGUAUAGCAGAAAAACUUAAGCAAGACUUGAAUAAACAGAGUAAUAAGGAAGACAGUGAUGUUAUGGAGGUUGAACAAACACAACAAACAGAAAAAAGUAAUAUUAGUACUAGUGGGUGGAGAGAUGCGAGACAUUUGAAUUAUAGAAAAGCCAAAAAGAUGAAGAAAUCAAAAAAGAAGGGUUCGUUCACAAAAUUUUGA